AUGAGGCCUUAUGUUUUCACCGCUUCUCUGGUCGUUGUCGUGACUGCUGUCGUGGCAGCGCCAGCUGGAGCAUUUGUGCAUACCGUAACUUUACGAAUAAAAAGCGGAAUUUUAGAAGACGGAUACAAACUCUUGAAGCUCUUACAUAGCUCAUUGGAAGAACGUGCCGGAAGAUAUCGUAGGCUCACUUGCGAGUUCAGCGAUAGCGCUUGCAGCGCAAAUUGCUUAUCAAUGGGAAAAGCCGGCGGUCAUUGCAUCGAUUCGAAUCACAUCGCCAUUUGCAUAUGCGACAGGAGAACGAUAUCGGAUCUAAUCCGGAAGAAGUUGAAUUGGUGAAUUUUCCUCGAGCGUGUGUUUGCAAUAGGGAUCGACCAAUACAUUUGUUCCGAUAUUGGAAGUCUACUAUCAUUUCGAAAUCUCCUCCCUCUCUCCUUACGCGUUUCAUGUCACGUCUCGAAAUAGAAAAAAAAGCAAUGUUGUUUCUUCGUAAAAUUCACACAUGUUUAAACCAGUUUAAAUCGGUAUUGGUUAAACCACAAUUUAAAACAACACGCGCAGCGACUUCUGCGAUU